UUAGAUGCUCCUCAUUCCUCCUCCUCCUCCUUCUCCUCUCUCUGGGUUCUCCUCCUCAUCCGGACCGACUCUCGGCCACCGAACCCUCAGCAGGAAUGAAACUGCGUGCUCUGACCCCGGAGUCCUCGCUGCUGCGCUUUUAGCGGCGCGCAUCGGUCCUCACAGACACAGCAAACCCCGCUCUCUCACACACACACACACACACACUCAGCCGUUGCGGAAGCUCGGGGGAACCGAGGCGGCGCUAAACUCCAUUAGCAUACCAACCAGUUCUGGGUGGAUGGACGGCUGAACGGAGCCUCCCGGACCGAACCUGCUCCGCCUCAGAACCAGCAGCACACCAACGGCUCAGGACUCAUUUAUUCGGGAUCUGCUGCCGUCCGCCUGCCGAGGAGAUGGGGGACAAGGCGGGGACCAGGGUUUUUAAGAAGUCCAGCCCAAACUGCAAGCUCACAGUCUACCUGGGAAAGAGGGACUUUGUGGAUCAUCUGGACCAUGUGGACCCAGUUGAUGGAGUGAUUCUGGUCGACCCGGAGUACCUGAAGGACAGGAAAGUCUUCGUCACUCUGACCUGUGCGUUCCGCUACGGCCGGGAAGACCUGGACGUUCUGGGCCUGUCGUUCCGGAAGGAUCUCUACAUCUCCACCUUCCAGGCCUUCCCUCCGGUUCCAGAGGAGAAGAAGUCCAACAGUCGGCUGCAGGAGCGUCUGCUGAAGAAGCUGGGUCAGCACGCCCACCCGUUCUACUUCACGAUCCCUCAGAACCUGCCGUGCUCAGUGACCCUCCAACCUGGCCCAGAAGACACCGGGAAGGCCUGCGGCGUGGACUUUGAGAUCAGAGCCUUCUGUGCCAAAACGAUAGAGGAGAAGAUCCACAAGAGGAAUUCGGUGCGCCUGGUGAUCAGGAAGGUCCAGUACGCUCCGGAGAAACCGGGUCCUCAGCCCAUGGUGGAAACGACCCGCAGCUUCCUGAUGUCCGACAGAUCCCUGCACCUGGAGGCCUCCUUAGAUAAGGAGCUGUACUACCACGGGGAGCCCAUCAGCGUGAACGUCCACGUCACCAACAACUCCACCAAGACGGUGAAGAGAGUCAAGAUCUCAGUGCGUCAGUACGCCGACAUCUGUCUGUUCAGCACCGCCCAAUACAAAUGUCCAGUGGCCCAGCUGGAAGCAGACGACCAGGUGUCAUCCAGCUCCACCUUCUGUAAGGUGUACACUCUGACCCCGACGCUGGACAAGAACCGAGAGAAGAGAGGGCUGGCUCUGGACGGGAAGCUGAAGCAUGAAGACACCAACCUGGCCUCCUCCACCAUAGUGAAGGACGUCACCAACAAGGAGGUUCUUGGCAUCCUGGUGUCCUACAGAGUCAAGGUCAAACUGGUGGUGUCCCGUGGAGGGGACGUGUCAGUGGAGCUGCCCUUCAUCCUGAUGCAUCCAAAACCUGUGGAGUUGCCGACAUCCCGCCCACAGUCAGCCGUGCCAGAUUCAGACCCGCCCAUCGACACCAACCUCAUCGAGUUCGACACAAACGUCUCCCAGGACGAUGACUUCGUCUUCGAGGACUUUGCCCGGCUGCGGCUCAAAGGCGUCGUGGACGACAAGGACGAGGACUGCUAGGAGCUGACCGAGCUGCCGCUCCCUCGCUUCAGCAGACCCCCCCCCCACACACACUCACACACCACACACGUUCCAUUCCCCAGCAGAGGAGGCUGACGGAGGCUGAGAGAUACUGAGGCUGAAAGAGAGAUACUGAGGCUGAAAGAGAGAUACUGAGGCUGAAAGAGAGAUACUGAGGCUGAAAGAGAGAUACUGAGGCUGAAGGAGGCUGAGUGAGGAUGAUUGAGGCUGAAGGAGG